AUGGAAUUAACAAUAGAAUUACAAAGCCAAUAUUAGAUUGAAUCAUUUUAAACUGAAUUAUAAGAUACAAUUACACUUUUAAAUAUUGCAAAAAUGAUUUAAGAUGCUGAAUAUUUUGAGUAAAUACUUAUUUUUGACAUCUAGAUAAUUUAAUUUAAGUGAACAAUUCUGUUUGGAAAUUAAGGGCACUAAUAAAUUUAUUGGUGGAAGAGAAACAUUCCUUAAAGAUUAUAUAAAUGAUAUUGGUUAAAAUGUUCUAUUCUUCCAUAGAGGAUUGGAUGGCUAAAGAAAAAGUUUAAUUAUAUUUUAUUAUAAUAGUGUAAAGUGGAGAGGUUAUAGAUGAUAAUAACAAAUCUAAAUCCAAUAUUAAUCAAAUCAAUCAAAAUAUUCCUAUACCUAUUGAAAAUGUUAUGAAAAGCUAGAGUAAAAAUUCAUAAGAUGGAGGAACAGUUAUUGGAGGAGGAAAUAUUACUGCAUCAUAACACAUUAACAAUUUAUAUGAAAAACAUUAUUAAAAUAGUUUUGAUACUGGAAAUCUAUUAGGAACUUAAUAAUCUAAUUCAAACUAAGCUAUUAUAUAAUAAAAUUAAAUCAUAAGUUCUCUGCAAGAUUAAGAUGAAUAUAUAGAAACUAACUUAGAAAAUUAAUAAGCUAACUAAUUUGGAAAAAAUAAAUAAUAAUCUAAUUAAUAAAUCACUUAAAUUGAAAAUUAGGAUUAAUAAUACCUAUAAAGUAAUUAACCAUAUAAUUAAUAAUAAACAACUGAUUUACUCAAAAAAAACUAAUAAUUAAUAGGCGGAAAUUUGACACAAAGUAAUUAUUUGAGGUAGUUCGAUAGUAAUAAUCAUUCUGAAAGAUAGUAGCCUCCACAAUCAAUUGAGUCAGGUUUAACAAUGGAAGAGGCUCCAUUACAAUAACAAAUACCUUAAUAAAAUAAUAUUCAAAUAACUGAAUUACUUUUGGCAACAUAAUAACCUUAAUAAAAUACUAAUAUUUCAAAUGAUCCACUUUUUACAAGUUAAUAACCCGAACAAUCUCAAUAAUAUAUAACUAAUCCACCGAUUGAUCAACUUUUUACAACAUAAUAACUCCAUUAAUUAUAAUAAAAUUCAUAUUCAGCGAUUGAUCCUCUAUUUGCAAGACAAUAACCUCAAGAAUCUUAAUAACAUGCUGAUUCAUCAAUCGAUCCUCUAUUUAUUAAAUAAUAUACAGCUAAUCCAUCAGUUGAUCCUCUUUUUGCAAGAUAAUAACCACAAUAAUCAUAAUACAAUACUAAUCCAUCAGUUGAUCCUCUUUUUGCAAGAUAAUAACCCCAAUAAUCAUAAUACAAUACUAAUCCAUCGGUUGAUCCUGUAUUUACAAGAUAAUAACCACAAUAAUCAUAAUACAAUACUAAUCCAUCGGUUGAUCCUGUAUUUACAAGAUAAUAACCCCAAUAAUCAUAAUACAAUACUAAUCCAUCGGUUGAUCCUGUAUUUACAAGAUAAUAACCACAAUAAUCAUAAUACAAUACUAAUCCAUAGGUUGAUCCUUUAUUUGCAAGAUAAUAACCCCAAUAAUCAUAAUAAAAUACUAAUCCAUCGGUUGAUCCUUUAUUUGCAAGAUAAUAACCCCAAUAACCAUAAUACAAUACUAAUCCAUAGGUUGAUCCUUUAUUUGCAAGAUAAUCACCCCAAUAAUCAUAAUACAAUACUAAUCCAUCGGUUGAUCCUUUAUUUACAAGAUAAUAACCCCAAUAAUCAUAAUACAAUACUAAUCCAUCGGUUGAUCCUGUAUUUACAAGAUAAUAACCACAAUAAUCAUAAUACAAUACUAAUCCAUCGGUUGAUCCUGUAUUUACAAGAUAAUAACCCCAAUAAUCAUAAUACAAUACUAAUCCAUCGGUUGAUCCUGUAUUUACAAGAUAAUAACCACAAUAAUCAUAAUACAAUACUAAUCCAUCGGUUGAUCCUGUAUUUACAAGAUAAUAACCCCAAUAAUCAUAAUACAAUACUAAUCCAUCGGUUGAUCCUGUAUUUACAAGAUAAUAACCCCAAUAAUCAUAAUACAAUACUAAUCCAUCGGUUGAUCCUGUAUUUACAAGAUAAUAACCACAAUAAUCAUAAUACAAUACUAAUCCAUCGGUUGAUCCUUUAUUUGCAAGAUAAUAACCCCAAUAAUCAUAAUAAAAUACUAAUCCAUCGGUUGAUCCUUUAUUUGCAAGAUAAUAACCCCAAUAACCAUAAUACAAUACUAAUCCAUAGGUUGAUCCUUUAUUUGCAAGAUAAUCACCCCAAUAAUCAUAAUACAAUACUAAUCCAUCGGUUGAUCCUUUAUUUGCAAGAUAAUCACCCCAAUAAUCAUAAUACAAUACUAAUCCAUCGGUUGAUCCUUUAUUUGCAAGAUAAUCACCCCAAUAAUCAUAAUACAAUACUAAUCCAUCGGUUGAUCCUGUAUUUACAAGAUAAUAACCCCAAUAAUCAUAAUAAAAUACUAAUCCAUCGGUUGAUCCUUUAUUUGCAAGAUAAUAACCCCAAUAAUCAUAAUACAAUACUGAUCCAUGGGUUGAUCCUUUAUUUGCAAGAUAAUAACCACAAUAAUCAUAAUACAAUACUAAUCCAUCGGUUGAUCCUGUAUUUACAAGAUAAUAACCUCAAUAGCCUUUAUAAAUUACUAAUCCAUCAAAUGAUCCCCUUUUUACAAGAUAAUUCCCCCAUUAAUUUUAAUAAAAUUCUAAUUCAGCGAUUGAUCCUGUAUUUCCUAAAUAAUAUACAACUAAUCAAACAGUUGAUCCUUUAUUUGCAAGAUAAUAACCCCAAUAAUCAUAGUAGCAUACUAAUCCGCCGAUUGAUCCUGUAUUUACAAGAUAAUCACCUCAAUAAUCAUAAUACAAUACUAAUCCAUCGUUUGAUCCUUUAUUUGCAAGAUAAUAACCCCAAUAAUCAUAGUAACAUACUAAUCCAUCGUUUGAUCCUGUAUUUGCAAGAUAAUAACCGCAAUAAUCAUAAUAAAAUACUGAUCCAUGGGUUGAUCCUUUAUUUGCAAGAUAAUAACCACAAUAAUCAUAAUAAAAUACCAAUCCAACAGUUGAUCAUGUAUUUGCAAGAUAAUAACUUCAAAAGCAAAACUUUGAUAAUGGAAAUACAAAUCAAAAUGCUUUUUUAUAAAACUCAUUCCUAAAGUCAUCUAACAUCAAAAUCAAUAAUAUGAUUGGAACUUAAUAUACAUUAUAAACCAUUCUGAAUCCACAAUAAAAACAGGCCUUAAUAGAGUAUUUAUAAAGAGAAAAUAUUUAAUUUAAUUUUUCUUAAAAUUGA